ACAAUUGAAUCAUGCGUGACUGCAAGUAAUCCCAAAAACUCCUCCAAAAAGGCUUCAUCAAUCAACGAUGGCGAAGAGGGGACUCGUUCACCACACCACAAGGCUGAAGAAAAACAACGCAUACCAUAUACAUCAUUGGAAGACAGAACAGAGGUCAACAACAUGUCCGGCAGAAGAAUCAACAUCUCACCCACGGCCAGCUUCAACUUGGGCAGUCGCAGCAUGGAAAGCAACGGGUCGGGUAAUGUCGGAUCCAACAACGUCCCCUCUCCCACUGCCGUCCAAGCCACAACGCCGCCAGCUCCUCGAUCCAGACGAGGCGCUACGUCUCGUGGACGUAAGGACGAUAAGAAGGAUUUCAAUGCCCGCCUCAUCUGUUCUCAGAUCGUCUCCAUGCAGUGUUUCCACUACGUUUUCCUGGGACUCUGCUUUCAAAUCAACCGAGUCAUAUACGGAACGUCAAUCACCAUAGAUCGCAUCUUCACUGACCACUACUUGAAAGUGUGGUCUUAUCGAGGAUUGCCGGAUACACUUGCCGUCCUCACAUCGUCCAUUGCGGGCGCCGUGCUCUUGGCCAUCAUUGUGGAAAAAUCAAAAAAGUGUUUGGACUUCAGCUUCACUCUCUUCCUCAUCCAUUUGAGCGUUUGCACUGCCUAUGAUGGUAUGCCCAAGACCUGGGAUUGGUGGAUUGUCAAUGUCUUGGGGACCAUCAUCAUGAUUCUUCUGGGAGAAUAUGUGUGCUCUCUGAGAGAAAUGAGUGACAUUCCUUUGCUGCAAAUAUGAUAGAUUUUGUCACCAAGCUAGAAGGUAUCACUUUUGCCUAUAGUAGUCACUACUCAUCUCUAUAUAGUUGUUCAUUGGUCUCUAGA